AUGGCUCGCCGUUCCUCCAGACUUCGAGGCAAUACGCCAACUCAGCCGAAUAACUAUGCCUCCAACCAUCUCGAGUCCCUUACUGAGCGCGACGAGACCCCAACAGAUAUCGCAUGGCCCAGCCUUGAUACCCUUGCUUCUUCUCCUCCCGCUCCCCGAACUCCCGUCACAGCUACCCGCCCAAAGCCUACUGCCGCAGAGAUGCACCCAAGCAAGGCGCACCAAAGUACAACUCAAAAGCCGGACUCUGGCCUAAGACUUGGAUUCACGGAUAUAAAGGCUGCUGGUAAUGGUCAACCAUCAGGUGUUGCGCAACAAUCACCAUCAAGGAUUGGAAUCUCCACACCGUCUUUUGAUUUCCGAUUUGCUCGCCCAGGCCCUACCCUUGGUCCUGAAGCUCAACAGAUGAUGGAUGAGCUGCGUGAAGAGGCUCUCCGCAUCAAAGUCAAGCUAGCGGCUGAGAAGGAGGAGCAGCGACAUCGAAGUGGGGAAGGGGCUGCCGUCCUGGGUCGCAAGAUUGCUCAGCCAAAGGGCAAGGUCGGCCGUUACAGUGAUGUUCAUCUGGAGCAGUUCAAGAAGAUGGACUCAAUUGCCGAUCACCCAUCUUCAUUUCGAGCACAGCCUGGUCGAUUCACACCCACCACGACCAGUCUCAAACGCACACAGUCAAAGGCGAAAUUGGAUGAGGCAGAGGAUAUUCCUAGCAAGAUCGCAUCGCCAACAAAGACCAACGAUUCCGCGCGAGUGGAGAAUACAGCACCGGCUAAGCGUGCACGAAGAACUAUCAACGAUGAUACUUCAGCUGCUCGGCCUGUUUCUAGAGACACCCCAGCGAAGCCAACUACACCAGGCAUCCCUCGAUCACAGUCAGGCUUUCUUGCGGCUAUCACAACCCCUACUCAAUCAUCUCUAGCUCGAGCUGCUGGUGCUAAGACUCCCAGCACCCAGAUCCCUACUUUGUCAAGAUCUCCGUCAAAACCAAGCUUGAUUGGCACACCUCGAACCCUUCCAAAGUCUGCAACUACCACUAAUCUAAAAUCCGAGUCGAGGGGGUUUCUCCGCAGUCCUAGCAAGUUUGAUCGUGUAAAGUCGCUCUUUAGACAAGCCAGCUCUAGUAUGAAGAAGCCAACUGUGAAGCCAUCUUCUAUCCCCUCCUUGACCAGAAGUCCUAGCAAGCCAAAUCUUGAUAGGGCUCUUCCUUCGGUCCCUACAACACCUAUCAAGUCUGUGGCCUCAAAGCCUGUAAAGCAUGUCAAUUUUACACCAGAUACGGCCAAUAAAAAUGCUAAUACCUUCCAAAAUUCGCCAUCUCCAGUCAAGCCUGGUCUUCCUCGUUCGGCUUCCAGAAUCAUCCUCAACCCAAAGUCGCCUCACACCAAGAUGAAGGCCAAGGAAGCUCAAUAUCCCGAAAUUGCUGGUAAUUCAAACAUCGCAAGCCAUUCGCGAGAGGUAGAAUAUCCUUCUUUGGCUGGUGUUCGUCAACUUCCAGCAGCCAUGCGAUCCGGACCAACACCACACCCACCACCAUCCGUCCCUGGCACGUUUACUUUCCGCAGCGAUCAUACUAUCGAUUUUGGUGUAUCACCCAAACGCUUCGGAUCAUCUCCGGGUCAGGCCAGCGUACGCCAGGUUCGACAAAGUAUUGUUCCCAAUAUUCCAGGCAGCUUUCCUAGCAGCAAUAAGGAGAAUGACCGCGCUCUUCCUUCUGUCCCUCACGGAAUGUCCAACAAGAAGCGCCGCCGUAUCACCUCUGAUGAUGAGACGGAAGACGACCUCGAUCAUUCACCAAAGAAGCGCAAGGCAGCCGCUGCUGAAGGUCCAAUGCUUAUGGCCCCCAGAUUGCACGCUACUCCAAAGUCUCGGCUCAACAGUCCGUCUAAGAGUCCGGCCAAGAAAGCUGGCUUCUUGAGCAUGAGCAGACUUAACAUGCUUUCCCAACCCAAGGACAGGAAGUAG